UUAAACUUCUCUGGUUCAUAGGACUGAAAAACAUAACUUUGUGGAAAAGAUUGUUUUAAUCCAUAAGCCAACAAACAUAAACAGGAAAAGGUGAUGACCUCGGAAGGAGAAGAGAUCCUUCCUAAGGGGUGCUUGGAAUUGCGAAGAAGACUGAAGAAUUGAGAGAACAGCUGGCAUGGAGUCCUGCCUCCUCGUGAGCACAGACUCCGCCUUCCGUUCCGCCCUCCCCAAAGGACUGGUGGGGGCGGGAACGUAGAGUGGUGACGUGUUGUAGAAGCUCUUGUGGGUUGGCUGAGGCAGCGGCCCCCUGCCCUUCUCGGAAGUAACCGGGGAGCGAGGCGGCUCCAGGAGAGCUGGCUUGCCGCGGAGGUAAACAUGGCGGCCGCGGACGCAGCGGCACCGUCCGCGGUUUUGGCCCCAGCCCCGCUACUAGCUCCGGUUCCGGACCCGGCCGCGACCCGAAACAGUAGAGAAGAUGCUGCUACCUACGCGACUUCCAGCCGGUGGGGACUCGGCGCUGGGUUGCGAGGAAGCCGAGCUAGGAUGGCGGGGGGAAAACGACAGUCUUCAAUCGCGACCCCGAACCCGGUUCUUGCGGGCGAACUGAUCCGGCCGUCCGUGUCGGAGCUGUCCCGGGCCGUGCGCACCAACAUUCUGUGCACCGUGCGCGGCUGCGGCAAGAUCCUGCCCAACGGGCCCGCGCUCAACAUGCACCUGGUGAAGAGCCAUCGCCUGCAGGAUGGAAUAAUAAAUCCAACAGUAAGAAAGGACUUGAAAACGACACCCAAAUUCUAUUGUUGCCCUAUUAAAGGAUGUCCUAGAGGUCCUGACAGGCCAUUUUCACAAUUUUCUCUUGUAAAACAGCACUUUAUGAAAAUGCAUGCUGAAAAGAAGCAUAAAUGUGAUAAAUGUAGCAACUCCUAUGGUACUGAAUGGGACUUAAAACGACAUGCAGAAGAUUGUGGCAAGAUUUUCCAGUGCACAUGUGGUUGCCCAUAUGCCAGCAGAACAGCAUUGCAGUCACACAUUUAUCGAACUGGCCAUGAAAUCCCUGCAGAGCACAGGGACCCACCUGGUAAGAAAAGGAAAAUGGAAAACUCUCUGCAUAAUCAGCAAUUGUCUGAUAAGGCACUUGAAUCGCUAAUCAACAAACCAACGACUAGAACAGAUACUCAAGACCUGGAAACUUCAGAGAUAAAGUUGGUGGCUUCUUUUGAAGAUUCUUGUAGCUCUAAUGCCAGAAAGCAAACCCUUACACCUCCAAGAUACACUCCAAAGUUGCUUUUGCCGAAGCCCAAAGUGGCUUUGGUUAAGCUUCCUGUUAUGCAGUUUUCACAUUUGCCUAUUUUUGUGCCUGCAGCAGACUCUUCGGUCCAGCCCAUGGUGGUUGGUGUUGAUAAUCAAGGGUCUGUCACAAACACUGUUCAUCUACUUCCUUUGUCAAUAGGAACUUUGAUACUAGGAUUGGAUUCAGAGGGUUUCUCCCUUAAGGAAGGCUUACCACUUUCAAAAAUAGUUAAUCCCGUUGCUGUUGAACCUAUUAGUACAGGUGUACAAGUGAAUUUGGGCAAAAACUCAACUAAUGCAUUACAAGAAUUAGAAAAUAUGUGUCAAAAGAAUAAAAUUUCUUCCAUCAAUGUACAAACAGAUGUAUCUUAUACUUCACAAACUCUCAUGUCAUCUUCACCUUGGGCCCCUCCCGAUUCCUCUGUGUCUUCUUGUUCUCAAACAGAUUUAACAUUUGGUUCUCAAGUUUCUCUUCCCAUCAGUGUUCAGACUCAAACAUUUUUGCCCUGUACUAAGAUAACCUCCUCCAUAGCAGCACAGACAGAUACCUUUACUCAUGCUUGUCUCCAGCCAUGUGGGAUCUCUAGGGAAACUCAGACCAGUGGAAUCCAGAGUUCAGCAGAUGCCACAAUGUCAGUGAACCAGACUGUCAUGUGUAAUGAUAUAUUUGAGAAUGUCCAUUCUUACAAUGUUUCUACCCCAGACAUUGCAAACAAUAGUUUAGUCACUGCUCCUGUAUCUCACAGUUUGUUACCUCACGAGGGCUGUAAGAAUUUGCGUCAAGACAGUGUAAAAUCUACACCUGUUAUGAAUUUCAGUACACAAAAUAAUAUACUCCCAUCACAAAACAUGACUGAUAACCAAACCCAAACAAUAGAUUUGUUAAAUGAUCUUGAAAACAUACUGUCUGGUAGUCUUCCAGGCCAGACUUUGGAUAGCCGUAGUCUCCUGUCUGAUAGUAACACUGGAGCUGACACUCAGCUGUCAUCUGGGUCAACCCAGAACCCAGGAAUUGAUUUUGACAUUGAAGAGUUUUUUUCAGCUUCAAAUAUCCAAACUCAAACAGAAGAGAGUGACCUUAGCAACAUAAACACUGAACCUGUCUUGGAAUCUCUGGAUAUAGAAACCCAAACAGACUUCUUGCUGGCAGACAGCACCACUCAGUCUUACAGUUGCAAAGGCAAUUCCAACUUCCUAGGGCUAGAAAUGUUUGAUACUCAAACACAGACUGAUUUAAACUUCUUCUUAGAUACUAGUCCUCAUCUGCCUCUGGCAAAUAUUCUGAAACACUCUAGCUUUUCUGUGAGUACUGAUUCUUCUGACACAGAAACUCAAACUGAAGGACUCUCUGCUGAUAAAAAUGUACCUGGCUUGGGAAAAGUCCAAUUGAAUAGUACAGAAACCCAGACAAUGAAUAGUGGUUUUGAAAGCCUUGGGAAUUUAUUCUUUACCAGCAAUGAAACUCAAACUGCAAUGGAUGACUUUCUUUUGGCUGAUUUGGCUUGGAAUACGAUGGAAUCUCAGUUCAGUUCUGUAGAAACACAGACAUGUGCUGAACUGUGUUCUGUGUCAAAUUUCUAAGUGUGAGAAAAAACUUUUGGAAACUUUAGUGAAAAAAUGAAAGAAUGGAGGACAACAGUGGUCUCUCUGUGGUGAAUGUAACUGAACUUACGCAGUUCUUAGCAGUUCCUCAAAAUAAUUUGUUUCUUGUAUUUGUAAACAUGAAACUUGUAUGUGUUUUAUAAAGUGUCAGUGUCUAUAAAUUAUUAUUUUUUUAGUUGCUCACUACAAUUUCAUUUACGGUAAUUGUCAUCAUAGUUAUUUUUUCCUUUUACACACCGAAAAUUCACAUACUGAAACCAAGUCUACCUGCUUCUGUACUUUAGCCUGUUUUUGUUAUGUUUUCAAAACAUUUUGGUCUAAGUAUAGAAAGUGCUUUAUUGUGGGGGCAGGAGGGAGGGGGGAGAGAAGAAACAAAAUUUUGGGUUUUUUGCACUUAGAACUUUUAAACAAUGUUGGCUCAAAAUUCCUGUUGGUUCUUGAAGCUAGUAUUUGAGGUGGACAGAUACUUUCUAAUCCCUAGUCUUAGCAGGCUGUGUUAGAUGUAGCCAGAUUUGUGAUGACAGCCACAUUUUUUUGUUUGUUUGUUUGGGAGCCUCACCAUCUGUUUUCUGACUUUAAGGAUUUCAAAACAAAACGUCAACCCUGUUACAAUUUUUACCUAUUAAAAUAAUCACUGUAUAAAAGAGUAAUGACUCUUGAGCUACAACAAAGCGUCCAAUACUUUUAAAAUGUUCAGUCUCUCUUUGCUUUUCCACAGGGACUCUCCUAUAACAAUGCUCUUAAAGGAAAAGAUGAUAGAUAAAGUGAUGUUAGUUCUUUUGAAAGUAAUUGUCAACUAACAAAAUUGAGCAAAACUGAAAUCAUUUAUGGAACCAGAUUGGAGAUAUUUUACAAAUCUUACACUGAGAUUCUCUUUUAAGUGUCAUAGACUGAAUGGUGCUCAAGAGCUACUUCCCAAAGCAAACAAAAUAAUUUUUGGCCCCUUUGGAUGUUAAGGAAUCCUAUCCUGCUAAAAAACAAAAACACCUACCCUUAUCUCUUACUCCUCCUUGGCUAACUUAGGGCAAGGAUACAACCUAUGUUGUCCUUUUUCUUAUUAAAUUGCCCCAAUUUCUAUAUCUAAAUUUAUGGCUAACAUCUCUCAUUAAUGAAAUGCUCUGGUGAGGGAAUAAUACUUGUGCCUUGGGGCUGGACGUUCUAGAGUAGAUUAGUCUUAUAUAACAUUUUUUUUUCUUUAUGUCAAGAAUACCAAAUAGUACAGUCCUAAUAUAAA